AUUCUCGUGACCCUCACCAAAUUCUUCCCUUCCCUUAGCAAACAUACAUAUCCCAGACACUGGCCUCUCUCUCUCUCUCUCUCUCUCUCUCUCUCAGUCUCGCUAGCUACACGCACCCAUUCACUCAUUAAGAGAGAGAAGAGAAGCAAAGAGAAGCGAAAAGAAAAGAUUCGCGGGCGAUCUACGCUUUGACGGCAAACAUUACUUAUGCUUGUGAGGAUAAAAGAACGCUUAUUUGUUGAAAGGAGGUAUUGCUCAUUGGGGAAGUAGCUGUUAAAAAUAUCCAGCUGGUGGGAGUUUUGCAGUUUUUAGUUGAAUGACAUCUGAUAUGCCAGCAGCGAUGUCUCAGAGUAUGAGAUCAGGCAGGUCGUCGUUUGGUUCAAGUAAUGGAUUUGACACCCCUUCUCGGAGCUUUGCUAAUUCAAAUAGGGAUGGUUAUGACAGUGAUGGUUCCAAUUUUGCACCGCCCACACCUACAACUUUGUCAAGAGCUUUGCCAGAGGAAUUUUCUAGUGCUAUACCGAUAAUUGAUAAAUUUCAGGUAGAAGGAUUUUUGAAGGCAAUGCAGAAACAGAUUCAGUCAGCUGGAAAGAGGAGCUUUUUCUCUAAAAGAUCUGUGGGCCCGCAAGUUCGAGAAAAAUUUACAUUUGAGGAUAUGUUGUGUUUUCAAAGGGAACCUAUCCCGACUUCACUAUUGAAGAUGAACAGUGACCUAGUAAGUCGGGCAGUUAAGCUGUUUCAGAUUAUACUCAAAUACACGGGGGUUGAUUCCACUGAUCGAGUGAGUCCGACAAGCUUAGAUGAAUCUGUAGAGCUUGUUGGGAAACUAUAUAAACAAGCUCUGAAGCGUUCGGAGCUUCGGGAUGAAGUAUUUGCACAAAUCUCAAAGCAAACUAGGAAUAAUCCUGACAGGUCUUUUGUGAUUAAAGCAUGGGAAUUGAUGUAUCUGUGUGCAUCUUGCAUGCCACCUAGCAAGGAUUUUGGUGGUUUUUUAUCAGAAUAUGUCCAUAAUGUGGCACACGGUGCCACUACAGACUCUGAGGUACAAGCCCUUGCAUUAGAAACUUUGAAUGCUAUGAAGCGUUCUAUAAAGGCUGGACCAAGGCAUACAAUACCCGGACGUGAGGAAAUUGAAGCUCUUAUUACUAGGAAAAAGCUUACAACAAUAGUAUUUUUCUUGGAUGAAACUUUUGAAGAAAUUGCAUAUGAUAUGACGACAACUGUAGUUGAUGCUGUUGAGGAACUUGCAGGGAUAAUUAAGCUGUCAGCAUACUCUAGCUUUAGUCUCUUUGAGUGUCGAAAAGUGGUUAAUGCUUCCAAAUCUCUCGAUCCUGGAAAUGAAGAGUAUAUUGGAUUAGAUGAUAACAAGUACAUUGGGGAUCUCCUUGCUGAGUUUAAGGCAUCAAAGGACAGGAGUAAAGGAGAAAUAUUGCACUGCAAAUUGACAUUCAAAAAAAAAUUAUUUCGAGAAUCUGAUGAGGUUGUGGCAGAUCCAAUGUUUGUGCAGCUAUGCUAUGUCCAGUUGCAACAUGAUUAUAUAUGGGGGAACUAUCCUGUUGGAAGAGAUGAUGCAGCACAAUUGUCAGCAUUGCAGAUUUUAGUUGAAAUUGGAGUUGUUCUGAGCCCUGAAUCGUGCACUGACUGGACAUCACUUCUGGAGCGAUUUCUGCCCCGGCAAAUUGCUCUAACUCGAGCAAGGAAAGAAUGGGAAACUGAUGUUCUCUCGCGUUAUGGUUCCAUGGAGAAUCUAACAAAAGACGAUGCAAGACAACAAUUUCUACGCAUUUUACGAACUUUACCGUAUGGAAAUUCAGUCUUCUUUAGUGUUCGGAAGAUUGAUGAUCCCAUUGGGCUUCUUCCUGGAAGAAUUAUAUUAGGAAUUAAUAAGCGUGGGGUUCACUUUUUCCGUCCGGUGCCAAAAGAGUAUUUACAUUCUGCUGAGCUAAGAGAUAUAAUGCAGUUUGGGAGCAGUAAUACGGCUGUAUUCUUUAAAAUGAGAGUAGCUGGUGUGUUGCAUAUAUUUCAGUUCGAAACAAAACAGGGAGAGGAGAUAUGUGUUGCCCUUCAAACACAUAUAAAUGAUGUGAUGUUACGUCGGUACUCUAAAGCACGAUCUGCUGCUAAUGCCCCUGUCAAUGGCGAUGUCUCUAAUAAUGUGAAAUCUCCAAUUGUUAAUGCUAAUGAGAAACACAUUGAAGAGUUGUCUAAAGCACUGGAAGAAUCCCAAAGGAAUGCUAAACAAUUGCGGGAAGCACUACACGAGAAACAGGAGCAUGAGGAGCUUAUACAAAAUGAAUUAAAGGGCUUAAAGUAUAUGUUAAAUACUGAGAGGGAGAAUUUAGCGGCUGUUACUUGCAACCGCGACGAACUCAGAUCCUUAUAUGACGAAAAUAACAUGGCGCUUCAGGAUGCUCUGUUGGAGAACCGGAGCUUGGAAGCCAGAGUUGCAAAGCUAAGUAAACCAGAGUUGGAAAAUAACACUAAGAAGGAGUUGGUGGAGGCAACCAAUCAGGUAUUACAAAAGAUCCAAGAUGAGUUAAGGACUCGUAGUUUGGAGUUGCAUGCAGCUGAGGAUGCCAAGAAGAGACUGGUAAAUGAAAAAUUACUUUUGGAAGAGAAAUUAUCAGUUACUGAGAAGAAGAAAAUCGAGGAGGUACAAAUUCUGGAGAAGAAUUUUGCAGAGCAACGCAAGGCCUUGAAGCUACAGGUUUCUGAACUGGAGAAGGAAUUGGAUGUUGUUAAACAGAAAUUGACCCAGGCAGAGUUGAACAUUGCGGCGAAAGAUAAGGAUUUGUUAAGUUUGCAGAUUAAUCUUAAUGAGUUGGAGGAAUUAAGAGAAAUGAAGGAGGAUAUUGAUAGAAAGAAUGAGCAGACAGCUGCAAUUUUAAAAAUGCAAGGGGCUCAACUGGCAGAGCUAGAAGCACUAUACAAAGAAGAGCAAGUUUUAAGGAAGAGAUAUUUUAACACAAUAGAAGAUAUGAAGGGAAAGAUUAGAGUGUACUGUCGCUUAAGACCUCUUAAUGACAAAGAAACUGCUGAGAAGGAAAGAAAUGUGCUUAAGAGUGUCGAUGAGUUCACGGUUGAGCAUAUUUGGAGAGAUGACAAGGUCAAGCAACAUUGCUAUGAUCGUGUCUUUGAUGGAAAUGCUUCUCAAGUAGAUGUAUUUGAGGAUACCAAGUAUCUGGUGCAAUCUGCCGUAGAUGGUUACAAUGUUUGCAUAUUUGCAUAUGGCCAGACAGGUUCAGGGAAGACAUUUACUAUUUAUGGAUCAGAUAACCACCCUGGACUUACUCCCAUGGCUACAUCUGAGUUAUUUAGAAUCUUGAAGCGAAAUCAUAACAAAUAUUCGUUCUCAUUGAAGGUAUACAUGGUAGAAUUGUAUCAAGAUACACUGAUAGAUCUUUUACUACCAAAGAAAGCAAGGCCUUCAAAAUUAGAUAUAAAAAAGGAUUCAAAGGGAAUGGUUUCUGUAGAGAAUGCAACUAUUGUAUCAGUUUCUUCAUAUGAUGAACUCAAAGCUAUUAUUGAGAGAGGAUCUGAACAACGUCAUACAACGGGGACGUUGAUGAAUGAACAGAGUUCACGAUCCCAUCUGAUUCUUUCGGUUAUCAUUGAGAGUACAAAUCUACAAACUCAAUCUGUUGCAAGGGGAAAGCUAAGUUUUGUAGAUCUAGCCGGUUCAGAAAGAGUGAAAAAAUCAGGCUCAACUGGUAGCAACUUAAAGGAAGCUCAAAGCAUCAAUAAAUCACUCUCAGCACUUGGCGAUGUUAUUAGUGCUCUGUCAUCUACCAGUCAGCACAUCCCCUACCGAAAUCACAAGCUUACAAUGCUAAUGAGCGAUUCAAUUGGAGGCAAUGCAAAAACACUUAUGUUUGUUAACAUAUCUCCGGCUGAAUCAAAUUUGGAUGAAACCUACAAUUCUCUCACCUAUGCAUCUAGAGUUCGAUCUAUUGUGAAUGAUCCUAGUAAAAAUGUUGCAUCGAAAGAAGUGGCACGUUUGAGAAGAUUGGUGGCACAUUGGAAGGAGCUGGCAGGUAAAAGAGAUGGUGAUGAGGAUUUGGAAGAAAUUCAAGAUGAAAGGCCAAAAAAGGACAAAACUGAUGGCCGACAUUCUAUGUAAAGUUUAUUCUGGCAGCCCUAAAGGAAGAGUAAGCUCCUGGUAGUAUUAAGGUUACUUGACUAAUUAACUAACUUUGUAGCAUGUCAACUCCCUGGUUAUUGUUAUAUACUAAUGCUAUUGCUACGAUUUAAAUUUUGGUUCAUGGUGGGACAAUGCACUAUGUGGGUGGGGGUUAUACUCAGAAGUGGGGAAAUCUGAAGAUCUGGUCCCUGUUGUAUAGUGAUGAUGUGUAUUAAUGUAUAUUUUCUUGAAAGCUAUUGGCCAUAUCAAUGUAUCUUUCUGCUGUUUAGUGCUCAA